GGCACCUCCACACUAAGAGGAUCUUCGACGCCAGGGUGGCACAACCCUUCUUUCCCCAGCACAGCGGGCAGAUCGGGCAGAUUACAAGCAGCCCAGCCAGUCCACACCAGCUUCUGUGUCCCCAUUCAUCUUAAAUAAGGACGCCAUCUUCUUUUACUGUUCAAGAAAGAAGUGUCUCUGUCAUACACAGGGGGAAAUGCUCUUUUGGCUGUUAGCCCUCCUGAUCCUUUGUGGUUUUCUAUGGCAUUAUAAAGGACAGCUAAAGAUCACAGACAUCACUGAUAAGUACAUUUUCAUCACCGGGUGUGACACUGGCUUUGGAAACUUGGCAGCCAGAACUUUUGAUAAAAAAGGAUUUCAUGUAAUUGCUGCCUGUCUGACUGAAUCAGGAUCAACAGCUUUAAAGGAAGAAACCUCAGAAAGGCUCCAAACGGUGCUUCUGGAUGUAACUGACCCAGAAAGUGUCAAGAGGACUGCCCAGUGGGUGAAAAACCAAGCAGGGGAGAAAGGUCUCUGGGGUCUGAUCAACAAUGCUGGUGUUCUCGGCGUGAUGGCGCCCACCGACUGGCUGACAGUGGAGUACUACAGAGAACCUAUUGAAGUGAACCUGUUUGGACUCAUCAGUGUCACGUUAAAUAUGCUCCCCUUGGUCAAGAAAGCUCGAGGGAGGGUUAUCAACGUCUCCAGCAUUGGGGGUCGGCUUGCAUUCAGCGGAGGGGGUUACGCUCCAUCGAAGUAUGCAGUAGAAGCCUUCAAUGACAGCUUAAGGCGGGACAUGAAAGCUUUUGAUGUGCACGUCGCAUGCAUUGAACCAGGAUUGUUCAAAACAGAACUGUCAGAUCCAGUAAAGAUCACCGAAAGAAAACUCACCAUUUGGAAGCAUCUGCCUCCAGACAUCAAACAACAAUACGGAGAAGGCUACAUCGAAAAAAGUCUAGACAAACUGAAAGGCUCUACAUCCCUUGUGAACAUGGACCUCUCCCUGGUGGUGGAAUGCAUGGACCACGCUCUCACAAGUCUCUUCCCUAAAACCCAUUAUGCUGCUGGAAAAGAUGCCAAAACUUUCUGGAUUCCUCUGUCUCACAUGCCAGCAGUUUUGCAAGACUUUUUAUUGUUGAAACAGAAAGUAAAGCUGGCUAAUCCCAAGGCAGUGGGACUCAGCUGACCACAAACGCCUGCCCCAGGCUAUGAGAUUGGCUGAUUCCAAGGACACAUCUCCUUCUCCAUCUCAUUCUUUACCUAAUCCAACCUGGACUCAUUUAGAUGAUGCUUCUGUUGGUAAAAGAAGAGAUCCACCAUCACUGAUGAUGUCCCAGGGUCCCUUUUCAAACUUUAUUUGAAAAGAUGGGCAGGUAUGACACCUGCCCGACAUUUAGGCUUUGCCUGCUUGGUAUGAUGUAAGGAAAAUGGGAAGGCUUUCCCAUCCAAAAUGAUCUCCACGCCUUGCCUGCCCCAUGCUUCUAGUCCACAGCACUUAAAAGUAAUUCCUGAAUGUUAAAUAUUUGUCCCUUAUCAAAACAUUGAGAGAUAAGUAGAAUACUUUCAUAAGUGGAUUAGGUGUGUUACCUUGUUGAGAGUAAGGUUAGGAAUAAGGAUUAGAACUCAGUUCUGUGAGCCUUGAUGGAGGCAAGAAAAGGAAGGGUAAUGAAGCAUUAUGGAACUGGUAUAAGCUAAGGGGCAGCAGAAAAGUACUAGGUAAGACUACAAGUAGGAGGGAAGGAAAAGGAGAAAAGGAAUAGGAGGACUGAAAACAAGAAACAAGUGUAAAAGUAGAGGUAGGGAGAUUCCAAGACAAGCCUGCCUAUCCUAGAGGGAACUACAGAGGACGGACAGCUUCUUCAAGGCCACUGUGAACGUUGAUGCCCAUACAGCUCUCUGUGGAAAGAUGGUAACAACAGAGGAACCAGUCAUUCCAAAAGAAUAAAAAUG